AUGUUAGCCAGAAGAUUCAGUCGUACGGUCAAUCAUUUUGUCCGAAGGAAAGCGACUUAUGUGAAUUCUCCUAUAACUUACAAGGCUUUGCAUGCAAAUGCACCUUUACCUCGAUGCCAUAUCAUUGAGCCUCCUCGUGCUACAGUCCCUGAGGCUGUUUCUAACAUUAUUGCUUCCACUCCCUUCAAUCGUAUUCCCAAACCCCAGCGUCACGUCUUCAACUGUCUUGUCCAAAAUGAACCUGGUGUCCUUUCUCGUCUAUCUGGUAUUUUGGCUGCCCGUGGCUUCAACAUCGACUCUCUGGUCGUUUGUGCUACUGAAGUCGAAAACCUUUCCCGCAUGACCAUUGCAAUCAGAGGAAACGAUGAAGUUGUUGAACAAGCGAGACGCCAAAUUGAAGAUAUCGUUUCAGUUUGGGCUGUCUUGGACUAUACCGGUACUGAUAUUGUAGAGCGUGAAUUGCUUUUGGCCAAAGUAUCCCUCUUGGGUCCUGACCACUUCCAACAGCACUUCGAAAGAGAAAUGCCAGAGACUGCUGCUGAAGAAGUUGAACAAGCUACUUCCUCUGUUGAUAAUACCAUGACUGCAAGUGCUGCUUUGCAACUUAGAGCAAACCAGCUUUCUGCCAUUAAUCAAGUUACUCAUCUCUUUAACGGUCGAGUUUCGGAUAUCUCUACCGAAAGUGUUAUAAUUGAAUUGACUGCUCGUCCCGGUCGUGUUGAUAACUUUUUGUCUUUACUUCGUCCUUUCGGUGUGUUGGAAGCCAGUCGUACAGGUACUACAGCCAUGGCACGUUCUCCUCUUUCCAACGCAAUUUCAGAUAAAGCCACUGAAGAUGCUGAUAAUGAUGAAGUUGUCGAUUUGCCACCUGGUUAA